AGGUAACUUCUUUUUAACGUUUAAAUGAUGCAACACCCAAUUCGAAUCGCCGUCUUCGUUUUCCUUAGUCUUUUACUCGUUCUGUUAUCUGGAAAUUUCUUUUUCUUUCAUCCUUCUUCUUCUUCUUCUUCUCAACAAAAUAAUAAGAUGGCAUUUCAAGUUGUUCUUCGUGAGGGUAUUACAGGUGGUUUUGCUGGACCCACCAUCAAACAAGUGGUAGAUAUUCAAGGUGAUAACUCUGGUGCUUCAAUUACACAAGCUACCUUGAAACCUCAAAGUAAAACAGACUACCAUACUCAAACCGGUGGUGUUUCUGCUGAACAAUUAUCCAGCCUUUUGGAUUUAUUGAAGCAAGAACUUCAAGCUUUACCUACAGAAGAUCCUGUUGGUAGUGAGGAUAUUUAUGGUCAAGAUAUUUCUUUAUCUUUCUUUUCGGAUGAUUUCCAAUGGUCCAAUGGUGGACCUGAAGGUUGUUCUCAAGGAGAAUCUUCUACUAAAGCAAGUGAUGAACAAAAGGAAAAGUUUAAAGAAAUUGUUCAAAUUGUUAAAGGUUUAGGUGACCAAUAUGCUGUUACUGUUGCUGCUGAAUAAAUAAAUCCAAAUCUUUUUAAUAUCGUCCCUCCCCCCAAACGAGGGGUGGCAACCAAUCAUUUCAACGAGGUUUC